CGCAGGCGCUAGCAUCUCGUUCGCGCGCCUUGCCUUGCUAUUGCCAUCGCUCCACCUCCGCCCCAUGACCGGCAGAUCCGACUCGCGCAUGCGGGAGGCCGAGGAGGUCCUCCCGCUGCUGGCGCUGGAGGCCAAGAAUGCCGCCAAACGCGACAUGGCGUACGCCAAACCCAGCGCAGGCUCCACGUCGCAGCAGCAGCACUACCAGCGCGCGGGCUACGUGUCGUACGCGCUCAAGCCCGAAUCGCGCCAGCUCAGCGCCAUGUACGGCACCAUGCCGGCCACGCCCCUGCACGCCGACCAGCACAGCAACCAGAGCGAGACCGAGAGCGACAGCGACGGCAGCUGCACGGCCAGCAGCAGCACCGGCGGCUCGCUGCAGUCCAUCCUGCGGAUCUCGUCGUGCCGCAGCAGCCUCAAGAAGCAGGUCUCGGUCGAGUUCGCGCUCGACAUCGACAGCGACGAGGACGAGAACACCAAGCGGAGGCUCGACGGCUCGUGCGCCGCGCGCUGCAUGCCGCGCCGCCUCACCAUCGAGGAGAAGGCGGCGCUGUACCGCGUGCGCCCCGACCUGGAGCUCGUGCCCACGGUGCUGCUGCUCUCGGAGCUCGAGGAGAUCCGGCGACGGCGCCAGCGCAAGCUCAUGUUCUCGAUCCUGGGCGCGUCGCUCAUCCUGCUCAUGAUGAUCGUCUUCUACUACCUCGUCUCGCAAAUGUAA